GCUUCUCUCUUUAUCUUGAUUUUCAUUUCUGUUCAUAUAUUUAAUAAAUAACAAAUUUCCUUUUUUUUUUUUUUAAAAUAAUUUUUUACUAUUUCUUUGUCCUUUUCAUGUUUGAGUGUUUCAUAUUCAAGUAUUUUAUUCCUUGUUUUUGUUGGAUAUGGCUGUUUUUGGAUCGUUCUUUGUUUAUGAUAUCAUUUUUUGAACACUGUUAUUGAGAAAAAAAAACCAAAAAGAAUAAAAAAGUGAAGUUUAUAUGAUUCCACUUUCAUGACUUGAACCUUGUUCCUAAUUGACUUGAUAUGUUGAAUUGCAAAAGUUGUGAUACAGGAAUGGGAACAAGUCUCAGCAUUCCCAGAACUGAAAAGUUCUCUGAAGAUGGUGAAAAUGAGAAUCUUAGAUAUGGAUUAUCAUCUAUGCAAGGUUGGCGUGCAACAAUGGAAGAUGCACACGCGGCGCAUCUAGAUGUGGAUUCAUCCACUUCGUUUUUUGGCGUUUAUGAUGGUCAUGGAGGUAAAGCAGUUGCAAAGUUUUGUGCAAAGUAUCUUCACCAACAGGUACUCAAGAGUGAAGAAUACAUAGCUGGAGAUGUUGGAACAUCUCUUCAGAAAGCAUUUUUCAGAAUGGACGAGAUGAUGCGUGGUCAAAGGGGAUGGAGGGAAUUAGCAGUCUUGGGCGAUAAGGUAAAAGGAUUCAAUGGAAUGAUUGAAGGAUUGAUUCGGUCUCCAAGAAGCAGUGAUAAUAAUAAGGACCAAAAUGAUGAUUGGGGAUUUGAGAAGGGGCCUCAUUCUGAUUUUGAUGGACCAACUUCAGGAAGUACUGCCUGUGUCGCAAUCAUUAGAAACAAUCUAAUUUUUGUCGCGAAUGCCGGUGAUUCUCGCUGCAUAAUAUCUAGGAAUGGUCAGGCUUACAAUUUGUCUAGAGACCACAAACCAGAACUUGCGAUUGAGAAGGAAAGAAUCUAUAAAGCUGGAGGUUUUAUUCACGCCGGACGAGUUAAUGGGAGUUUAAAUCUAGCAAGAGCUAUAGGUGACGUGGACUUUAAGAAUAAUAGAUUUCUUUCGGCUGAGAAGCAAGUCGUCACUGCUAAUCCAGACAUAAACAUUGUUGACCUUCAUGACGAAGAUGAAUUUAUAGUGAUAGCUUGUGAUGGAAUAUGGGAUUGCCUGUCAAGCCAGCAAUUGGUAGAUUUUGUACGCCAAGAACUUCUCGUGGAUACCAAACUUUCUGAGGUUUGUGAAAGAGUCCUCGACCGGUGUUUGGCACCAUCUUUGGCUAUGGGUGACGGAUGCGAUAACAUGACAAUGAUCUUGGUACAGUUCAAAAAACCAGUCCAGACUAAUGCACCAGCUCAAGAACAAUCAUCUUCAAAUGAACAAGGUGCAUCUGAACCAAUAUUGGAGAGCAGUUGAAGAUGUCAGUUUUAGUCUUAACAACGCUACAUGUAUAUUGUAUAGUGUGCACCUAUGCUUAGAAAAUGCUUACUUUUUCUAAAACUAAAAUAUCUAGUGCCUGUUCAAUAAGCGGUCAUUAAUAUUAGCAAUAACAAUAUGCAGAGAUUUUGAGUUGUGUGGGAUUUUGGACUAAAUAUAAAUAUCAUUUUUCUUAUAUUUA